UAAACCACUCGGCUCGCAUUUCCGGCUUUCAGAAUAAAACGCUUCCACCCAACAGAAGGGAGCUUUUUCUUGCGGGCUCGUCCAGAAGGUGUUUCUCGAGCUCAGCCUGAUCCUCCCGCACGUGAACCCAGUCCACCUUCAACAGGUGUGGACCAGCAGGUGUUCCGGCAGGAUGUCGACCACGACGCAGAAGCACCGGCACUUUGUCGGCGAGCCGAUGGGAGACAAACCGGUGACGGCUCUGUCGGGGAUCGGAGAGGUUCUGGGGAGGGCGCUGCAGCAGCAGGGCUUCGACAAGGCCUACGUGGUUCUGGGUCAGUUCCUGCUGCUGAAGAAAGACACUGAGAUGUUCGCUGAGUGGCUCAAAGACGCCUGCGGAGCGAAGUCCCAUCAGGCCGAAUCCUGCGCCCUGUGUCUGAAGGAGUGGUGUGAGGCCUUCCUCUGAGACUCCGCCUCUUCACCGGAAACUCCACCCCUUCAUCUGAGACUCCACCUCUUCACACUAGACUCCGCCUCUUCCUGUUCCUCCCUGGCUGGCUCACUUCCUGCCUCUUCAGACCUGUUAAAGCGUCUCUGCUGCUGCUGAUGUAAAAUGUUUUCGGGGAAUCUUCAGCCUCUUCCUGCGGGCGGCUGUGAUGUCACAGCGAUCUGUCAGGUGUCUGUUUACCUGUUUUACAAUCUUGUUUCAUUGGGGAAAGUUUACAUGAAUAAAAGCUUUAUGUCCAAA